AUGGUUCAGUGUUGGUUAGAUGGAUUUACUAAUGUUUCUUACCAGCUCCGUGCAUUUUCUUCUAGAGCUAUAGGAUACAGAGUCAUGCAAAACCAUAGUAAUAUUGGAUCUUAUUUUCCAGGAAUUCCCGAUUCAAAUAUUAUUCAUGUACUCAUAUACCCAGUAUCAGAAUCGGAACCAGCACCUGCAACUACAUUAAAAACCAGAGGAGCUAGUUGUGCAAUUUAUGUCGAGUUAAUGGGAUUUCAGCAUGGUCAACGUGGAAAUAUCAAGGUAUACCAGCCAGAUCUUUCACAAGAAUAUUUAAAUAUAUAA